AUGCAAAUUCAGGUUCCAUCCAAUGAAAUACUGAGUUCUUUGAAGCGCUGGAGGAGAGAAAUGUACCCACCAUCCCCACGGACGUUGCAGUUGAUGGCUGAACAGUGUCAGCAGCCAGAGUGUCGACGCCUUUUAGAGUACGAUUUGGGAACAAUCAACACAACAACGAUAAUGGAUGAUGAAGGAAAUGCAAUACCAAUCGCUCAUAUUUUAAUGGCAAGAAAAACUGAAAAUAGCUAUAUAGCUGUCUUGAACAGCUUCAGAGCCGCUGUGAUUAACGGCGAGUCCAUUGCAAUGAUAAUGACGGAUUUUGAACAAGCGCUGCGCAACGCUUGUAGAAGAGCAUUUCCUCGUGCACUCAUCACUGGUUGCAGUGUUCAUUAUGACCGGGCUAUACUUAAAAAAGUGAAGGCACUGCACCUGACGCCUAUAAUUAGGCAAAAUAACGAUGCGAAACUUUUUCUUAAGAAAAUUAUGGCGCUCGCUUACUUGCCGGCAACGAAGAUUUCAAACGAGUAUGCUACUCUGAAAAAUGCUCUGCCAGCCACGUUGCAGAGACCGUUUAGAUUAUUUUUCCGGUACUACGAGAGCCAGUGGCUAGGAAAAGUCAAGCCCACGGGAUUCAGUGUUUUCAGGUUAUCUCGUAGGACAAAUAAUGUCAUUGAAUCCUACAAUAGCAUACUGAAGGACCAAAUGGGGCAACAUCCGUUAGCCUGGGACUUUAUAGCGUGGAACAAGCUUAUAUCGAGGGAAAUAACCACUGCUGAAUUCCUCAACCUGACAGCAAACCUGAAAGGUCACAUAGACCAGGCACUGAUGCGGCUUCCAGAAGAGAAUUCCGAGGAUGAAGUGCCAUUAGAAGAAAGACCCGAAGUCAUAGUGAUAGGAAAAAUAUAG